AUGAUUCAGAAGAGAUUACCGCCUGAAAGCAAUUUGGAUUUUAAGAAGGCGCUGGAGAUGCCACCGGCCGUGGAAAGUGCACUGAGCUGUUUCUGGUUUGAAAAUCCAUCACCAGAGCCUCAUUGCUGCAAACUGAGAGUUCUUAAAGAAAGAUUCCAAAUCAACGCCUCUCAAUCCAAGACAAAGAACGACGAUUGUUCCAGUGAGAAACCCAAGUUUCAGCAGCUACUGCAGAAAGUGACUGACGGCUAUGCAGCCAUCACAAUGCAGCAAUUGCCCAUGAUUGAGCAAGGGGUUCGAGUUCGUGUGAACCGGGUGCCUCAUUGUGGACAAUGUAGCAGGUCAUUAAAUCUCUUCCUGCACAUGAUCCAGGUUCUUGCAGCACCCCCUGGUGUCUGUGACUUCCAGCCAUGCCUGCUUGGAAACAAGGACUCGUGUGUCAGUCGCUGUGGGGAUCAUGUGAACCACAAUUACAACUGUCAAUGCAAUCAUGCAUGUGAGACACAUGGAGACUGCUGCUCCGAUUACAACCUGUGUCAUGUCAUUACAGUGGAUUCAUCAUGCAAGGGAAGGUUCAACGAAGCUUAUAAUCCCAGCAGCCCCUGUCACUGCAACACCAAGUGCAGCCAAUACCACGACUGCUGCCAGGAUUAUUCUCUCAGAAGCGAUUCUGGAGCCAGUUUCACCGAUCAGGAAAUUCUCAUCAUUUCUGAGCAGCUUUACUCCCUGGACACUAACAGAGCAACAGAGAAUGAGAUUCAUCUCAAUCUUCAAGACUCCAUUUCCGACUCCCAGACUGGAGCUAAGAUCGAUCACGCCCGUCAGCGGCUUUACUCCUAUGUGAAUGAGGAGGUCCUGUUCUCAAGGCCAACAUUCGCUAGAUUCAUUGCUCUCUUAAGCAACUACCACCGAAUGACAGGCAUCGCAGAAAAGUUCACCAUGGAACAAUUGGAAGAACAAGACAUGUUUAUCACAGAGAUUAUGAAGACCUUUAUCAUGGACAAACUGUUUCGGGUCCUCCUGUCAAAGAGGAUGUACAAUUCCAUCAGUGACUUUGAGGAAGACCUGAAGAAGAUGUGGUUCGGUCUAUACUCCAGAUCCAGCAACAUCCUAGAUUCCAGUGGCUUCGAGCAUGUCUUUUCAGGUGAAGUGAAGAAAGGGGAAGUGUCUGGAUUCCACAGCUGGAUCCAUUUCUACCUGGCAGAAAAGAAUGGCGCGUUGAAUUAUUACAGUUACAACUACAAUGGGCCGUGGACUGACUAUCCAGAUGUAAUGGCGUUGCAGUUUAACUGGAAUGGAUACUUCAAGCAAGUGGGUUCAGAAUUCAUUGGCUCCAGUCCAGAGUUUGAUUUUGCUAUUUAUACUCUUUGCUUCAUUGCAAAGCCAAAUUCUCCGUGCACAGUGAAGCUUGGCAGGAACACCAUGAAAAUUCAGACCUACACCUGGACCAAGUCCACGUAUGGAAAUGGCAAGAAUUACAUAGCAUCGGCUUUCCCACUGACUCCAUGA